AGCGCCGGCGGGGGCCGCGCGGCCCGCGCGGCAUCUCGGGAGUUGUAGUUCCCCGCGCGGCGCGACAUGGCGGCUCUGCGGGCGCUGCCGGCCCUCGCCGCCGCGCUGCUCCUGGCCGCCGCCGGCCUGGCCAGCAAGUACUCCCGGGAGGCCAACGAGGGGCUGGCGGCCGGCGGCGGCAAGCGGCGGGAGGCCGGGGAGUUCCGUGUGGUGAGGCUGAACCAGGUCUGGGAGAAGGCGCAGCGGCUCCAUCUCUCUGCUGUGAAACUGGCAGAGUUGCACAGUGAUCUGAAAAUACAAGAAAAAGAUGAACUAAGCUGGAAAAAACUGAAGGCUGAAGGGCUGGAUGAAGAUGGAGAGAAGGAAGCCAAGCUCAGACGUAACUUAAAUGUCAUUAUGACUAAAUAUGGAAUGAAUGGGAAGAAGGACUCUCAACUACUUGAUACCAACUAUAUUAAAGAUGGCACAGAAAGUGACACACUAGAUGAUCCAAGACUGGAAAAAUUAUGGAGCAAGGCCAAGACCUCUGGGAAGUUCUCCGAUGAGGAGUUGGACAAGCUUUGGCGAGAAUUUAAGCAUCAUAAAGAAAAGAUUCAUGAAUACAAUAUUCUGCUGGAGACUGUGAGCAGAACAGAAGAUAUGCACAAAAAUGUUAUCAAUCCAUCUGAGGAGAACAUGGUGAAAGAGGAAAUCUUGCACAACAAACACAGAGAGCUCAAGGAGAAGUUGAGAAGCAUCAAUCAGGGGUUUGAGCGUUUGCGGAAAGUCAGUCACCAGGGAUAUGACAAAACCAGUGAAUUUGAGGAACCAAGAGUGAUUGAUUUGUGGGACAUGGCCAAAUCAGCUAAUUUCACUGAGAAAGAACUUGAAUCUUUUCGAGAGGAGCUGAAACAUUUUGAAGCAAAAAUUGAAAAGCACCAUCAUUACCAGAAACAAUUAGAGAUUUCACAUGAGAAACUGAAGCACGUAGAGGGAACUGGAGACAAGGAUCAUCUGAACAGAAACAAAGAGAAAUAUGCUAUGCUGCAAGAAAAGACAAAAGAACUAGGAUAUAAGGUAAAGAAGCACUUGCAAGACUUAUCCAGCAGAAUCUCUCAAGGUCUUCAACACAAUGAACUAUAAAAAUUUGUUCUGCUUCAUGGGAUCAGUCUAUUAACACAAAGCAGUUAAUGUGGAUUUUUGAACAGGACUUACCAAGGAGUCCUUCUGAAAUAGUAAGGAUUGAACAGUUGUGUCCUGUAAGAAUUUUUUUUCUCUACUUAAUUACCAAUUUUGUUUUUGCACUACAAAAUUAAAUGAUUAGAUUAAAUAUUUCGAUUGCACAUCUUGGAUCAUGUAAAUCUUAUAUCUGAAUCAAGCACAGCCUUUGAAAUAAUCAGUUUUGUCAAAA